AUGGACGGGUGCCUGGACGGGUGCCUGGACGGGUGCCUGGACGGGUACCUGGACGGGUACUUGGACGGGUGCCUGGACGGGUGCCUGGACGGGUGCCUGGACGGGUGCCUGGACGGGUGCCUGGACAGGUACCUGGACGGGUACUUGGACGGGUACCUGGACGGGUACUUGGACGGGUGCCUGGACGGGUGCCUGGACGGGUGCCUGGACUGGUACCUGGACGGGUGCCUGGACGGGUGCCUGGACGGGUGCCUGGACGGGUACCUUUACGGGUACCUGGACGGGUGCCUGGACGGGUACCUGGACGGGUGCCUGGACGGGUGCCUGGACGGGUGCCUGGACGGGUACCUGGACGGGUACCUGGACGGGUACCUGGACGGGUGCCUGGACGGGUGCCUGGACGGGUGCCUUUACGGGUACCUGGACGGGUACCUGGACGGGUGCCUGGACGGGUGCCUGGACGGGUGCCUGGACGGGUGCCUGGACAGGUACCUGGACGGGUACUUGGACGGGUACCUGGACGGGUACUUGGACGGGUGCCUGGACGGGUGCCUGGACGGGUGCCUGGACGGGUACCUGGACGGGUGCCUGGACGGGUGCUUGGACGGGUGCCUGGACGGGUACCUUUACGGGUACCUGGACGGGUGCCUGGACGGGUACCUGGACGGGUGCUUGGACGGGUGCCUGGACGGGUGCCUGGACGGGUGCCUGGACGGGUACCUGGACGGGUACCUGGACGGGUACCUGGACGGGUACCUGGCCGGGUGCCUGGACGGGUGCCUGGACGGGUGCCUGGACGGGUACCUUUACGGGUACCUGGACGGGUACUUGGACGGGUACCUGGACGGGUACUUGGACGGGUGCCUGGACGGGUACCUGGACGGGUACCUUUACGGGUACCUGGACGGGUACCUGGACGGGUACCUGGACGGGUGCCUGGACGGGUGCCUGGACGGGUGCCUGGACAGGUACCUGGACGGGUACCUGGACGGGUACUUGGACGGGUACCUGGACGGGUGCCUGGACGGGUGCCUGGACGGGUGCCUGGACGGGUGCCUGGACGGGUACCUGGACGGGUACCUGGACGGGUACCUGGACGGGUACCUGGACGGGUACUUGGACGGGUGCCUGGACGGGUGCCUGGACGGGUGCCUGGACGGGUACCUGGACGGGUGCCUGGACGGGUGCCUGGACGGGUGCCUGGACGGGUACCUUUACGGGUACCUGGACGGGUGCCUGGACGGGUACCUGGACGGGUGCUUGGACGGGUGCCUGGACGGGUGCCUGGACGGGUGCCUGGACGGGUGCCUGGACGGGUACCUGGACGGGUACCUGGACGGGUGCCUGGACGGGUGCCUGGACGGGUACCUGGACGGGUGCCUGGACGGGUACCUGGACGGGUGCCUGGACGGGUACCUGGACGGGUGCCUGGACGGGUGCCUGGACGGGUACCUGGACGGGUGCCUGGACGGGUACCUGGACGGGUGCCUGGACGGGUACCUGGACGGGUGCCUGGACGGGUACCUGGACGGGUGCCUGGUCGGGUGCCUGGACGGGACACCUGCAGGUGUUAGGAGCACACAACACCUGUGCUCAGGGCCACAAGCGACCAGGAUCACAUCAGCGCCAUACGCAACACAGCCAGACAUCAAAUAG